CGCAACUUCAAGAAGGAUAAUCCAGCCUUUGCACGUCAUCCACCACUGCAAAAUGAGCUCCUUCCGCUUCGCUCGCUCCGCCCUCCGGGCUCGCCCUUCUUUCCUCGGUGCUCCCGUCCAGCGCCGUGGUUACGCUGAGGCCGUCGCCGACAAGAUCAAGCUGUCCCUGACUCUGCCUCACAAGACCAUCUACCGCUCGACUGGCGUUACCCAGGUCAACAUUCCCGCCGCCUCCGGUGAGAUGGGUGUCCUCGCCAACCACGUUCCCUCCAUCGAGCAGCUCAAGCCCGGUCUCGUCGAGAUCAUUGAGGAGAGCGGCGCCACCAAGCAGUACUUCCUGUCCGGUGGCUUUGCCGUUGUCCAGCCCGACUCCCAGCUCAGCAUCAACGCUGUCGAGGGUUUCGCCCUUGAGGAUUUCAGCGCCGAUUCUAUCCGCGCCCAGAUCGCCGAGUCCCAGAAGAUUGCCAGCGGCAGCGGCAGCGAGCAGGAUAUCGCCGAGGCCAAGAUUGAGCUUGAGGUUCUUGAGACCCUGCAGGCUCACGUCAAAUAGAUUUGAUGUACAUAACCAUUAUCGCCCCAACCAUGAACUUGUAGAAUUAUAGCAAUUCUCCGUUUCC